AUGGCGGUGGUGAUGUCGGGCUCUGCAGCGCUUAUGGUAUGUCACUUAUGCCGGUCCCGGAGGACCCCGCACAGUGCCCUGCAGCAUGUGGCCCUGCAGCAUGUGGACCUGCAGCAUGUGGACCUGCAGCAUGUGGACCUGGCUCACCACAACAUGACUCAUCCUCGGUGUCGGGGAGCAGUGGAGGAGAGGAUGCGUGGUGGGAGAGCCAGGACUGGAUGCGGGGCGGCGGUUACGCCGGCACAGCCAAGGUGGAUGCUGGUGAUGGGGGUCCUGGCGGUGCUGGUUGGCGGAGGAGGCGUGGACGCGUGCCCCUCCCCGUGCAGCUGUGUUGGGACCACUGUGGACUGUCACGGCCUGGGGAUCCGCGCUGUGCCCAGAAACAUCCCCAGAGGCACAGAGAGGCUGGAUCUGAAUGGCAACAACCUGACUGUCGUCACCAAGAACGACUUCUCUGGCCUCAAGCAUCUCCGAGUCCUUCACCUGAUGGAGAACCAGAUCAGUAAUGUGGAGAGAGGUGCCUUUGAUGAACUGAAGGAGCUGGAAAGACUUCGUCUCAACAGGAACCAUCUCAGCCAGCUUCCAGAGUUGCUGUUUCAGAAGAACGAGGUCCUGUCUCGCCUCGACCUUAGUGAGAAUGCUAUCCAGGCUAUUCCCAGGCGAGCCUUCAGGGGAGCGACAGACCUCAGGAACCUUCAGCUGGAUAAGAACCACGUCAGCUGUAUUGAGGAGGGGGCGUUCCGUGCUCUGCGGGCUCUGGAAGUACUUACGCUUAACAACAACAACAUCAGCAGCAUCCCUGUCUCCAGCUUCAACCAUAUGCCUAAACUCCGCACCUUCCGUCUCCACUCCAACUCUCUGCGUUGUGACUGUCACCUGGCCUGGCUGUCCCCUUGGCUGAGGCAGAGGCCGGCCCUGGGCCUCUACACACAGUGCAGCUCCCCACCGACCCUGCGGGGCCUCAACCUGGCGGAGCUGCACAAGAGCGACUUUGCUUGUUCAGGUCAUGGCGGCAGUGCUUUCGUCCAGCCGUGCAGCCUGGCGUCGGGCUCCUGUCCUCCCAUGUGCUCCUGCAGUAACAACAUCGUGGACUGUCGAGGACGAGGUCUCACAGCCAUCCCGGCCCAUCUCCCUGAGGCCAUGACUGAGAUUCGUUUGGAACAGAACGGUAUCAAAUCUGUCCCACCGGGAGCCUUUAUGUCUUACAAGAAACUCCGGCGAAUUGACCUGAGUAACAACCAGAUUUCUGAGAUCGCUCCUGAUGCUUUCCAGGGCCUUCGAGCUCUCAACUCACUGGUGCUGUAUGGUAACAAGAUUACCGAGUUGCCUAGGGGAGUGUUUGAUGGCCUGGCGUCUCUGGAGCUUCUGCUGCUGAAUGCCAAUAAGAUUCACUGCAUUAGAUCUGCAGUGUUCAAGGAUCUGGAGAACUUGGCUCUGCUUUCUCUGUAUGACAAUAAGAUCCAGAGCCUGGCUAAAGGGACCUUCAGCUCCUUGAGCAGCAUCCAGACACUCCACCUGGCCCAGAACCCCUUUGUGUGCGACUGUAACCUGAAGUGGCUGGCAGACUACCUACGCUCCAACCCCAUCGAGACCAGCGGCGCCCGCUGUGCCAGCCCUCGCCGUCUGGCCAACAAGCGCAUCGGCCAGAUCAAGAGCAAGAAGUUUCGCUGCUCCGCGAAGGAACAGUACCACAUCCCAGGGACAGAAGACCGGCGUCUCAACUAUGAGUGUAACAGCAAGCCGGUAUGUCCUGCUAAGUGCCGCUGUGAAGCUAAUGUGGUCGACUGCUCCAAUCUCCGUCUGACCAAGUUCCCCCAACACCUGCCUCCCUCUACUGAAGAACUACGUCUCAACAACAACGACCUCUCGGUGCUGGAGGCCACGGCAGCAUUCAAGGGCCUGUCGCAGCUCAAGAAAAUAAACCUUAGUAAUAACAAGAUCUCUGAGAUUGAGGACGGGGUGUUUGACGGUGCAGCCUCAGUUGUGGAGCUGCACCUGACAGCCAAUCACCUGGAGUCUGUCCGAGGAAGCAUGUUCCGCGGCAUGGAAGGCCUUCGCAUGCUGAUGUUAAGGAACAAUAAGAUCAGCUGCAUCCAUAAUGCCAGCUUCACCGGCCUGACCAACGUACGGCUCCUCUCCCUCUAUGACAACCAGCUGAGCACCAUCCUACCUGGAGCCUUCGACACCCUGCCCAACCUCUCCACCCUGAACCUCCUGGCGAAUCCGUUUAAUUGCGACUGCCGUCUCUCCUGGUUUGGGGCGUGGCUCCGGAGCCGGAGGAUCGUGACAGGAAACCCUCGGUGUCAAGGCCCCGCCUUCCUCCGGGAGAUCCCGCUGCAAGAUGUAGCCGUGCCUGACUUCCGCUGUGACGACGGUCCCGUGUUGGAGGACAGCAGCUGUGCGCUGGGGCCUCAGUGUCCGAGCCAGUGUACCUGUAUGGACACGGUGGUCCGCUGCAGCAACAAACACCUGCGGGCCCUGCCCAGGGGACUGCCCCGUAAUGUCACCGAACUGUACCUGGAUGGUAACCAGUUCAGCAGUGUUCCCAAGGAGCUGGCCACCUUCAGAUACCUGCAGCUGGUAGAUCUGAGCAACAACAGAAUCCGCUCCUUAGCCGACAACGCCUUCUCCAACAUGAGCCAACUCACCACACUGAUUCUCAGUUACAACUCUCUGCGCUGCAUCCCCCCUCUGUCACUGGGCGGCCUGCGCUCCCUACGGCUGCUUUCUCUUCAUGGUAACGACAUCUCAGAGCUGCAAGAGGGCAUCUUCAGUGACGUGGCAUCCCUGUCCCACCUGGCGAUCGGUGCUAACCCUCUGUACUGUGACUGCCGCCUGCGCUGGCUGUCUGACUGGGUCAAGAGCGGUUACAAGGAGCCCGGCAUCGCCCGCUGUGCCGGUCCGCAGGGCAUGGAGGGAAAACUGCUCCUCACCACACCUGGAGACAAGUUUCAGUGUCUGGGUCCGGUGGAGGCCUCUGUUCAGGCCAAGUGCAGCCCGUGUGCUUCGUCCCCCUGUCAGAACCAGGGCAUCUGCCAAGCCCACCCGACGGAGCUCUACACCUGUGUCUGUAAGACUGGCUUCACGGGUAAAUAUUGUGAGACUCCUGUGGAUGCCUGUGCCAGUUAUCCCUGCACCAAUGGAGGAACCUGCCUCAGUGAUGAACAGACCCAAAGUUUCAGCUGUGCCUGUGGAUUUGGUUUCCAUGGCUCGUUCUGUGAGGUGAAUGUUGAUGACUGUCAGGACCAUGGCUGUGAGAAUGGUGCCACCUGUGUCGAUGGCGUUGGAAACUACACCUGCCUGUGUCCUCCUCUUUACAUCGGUUUAUUGUGUGAGGAAGAGGAGGAUGUCUGCUCUCCAGGAAGAAACCCGUGUAAGCACCAGUCUACCUGCCUCAGCACGACCACUGGUCCCAGGUGUGUGUGUCUCCCCGGCUGGGUGGGAGCUGACUGUGGUAUAGAUUAUAAUGAGUGUGUGGACAGUCGCUGUCAGAACAGAGCGCAGUGUGUCGACCAUCUGGAUGGCUACAGCUGUGUGUGUCCACCAGGCUACAGCGGUGAGUUUUGUGAAGAUGCCCCUGUGUCACCAUGCCAGCUGGCCCAGUGCCAGAACGGCGCCCCCUGUGUGGAAAAGACGGCCGGUGCGGUUUGCCAGUGUCUGCCGGGUUUUGAGGGCCAGCGCUGUGAGAAGCUGGUCGGUGUCAACUUUGUCAACAGAGACUCGUACGUCCAGCUCAAGGACGUCAAGAACUGGCCUGAAGCGAACAUCACACUGCAGGUAUCAACAGCAGAGGACAAUGGCAUCUUGCUUUACAACGGUGACAAUGAACCGAUUGCUGUGGCGCUCCAUCAGGGUCACGUUAGGGUCACAUAUGAUCCUGGUAACCAGCCUGCUACUACCAUCUACAGCACCGAGACGGUGAAUGAUGGACAGUUCCACACAGUGGAGCUGGUGACCUUUGACCGGAUGGUGAACCUGUCUGUUGACGGAGGACAGCCCACCACCCUGGACAGCCUGGACCGAGGCUCACCGCUUACUGGAGAGGCGCCCCUGUAUGUGGGAGGCUUGCCAGAGGAGGUGCUGCCUGUCUCUCUGGGUCUCUCCUCCCAGCCUCUCAACAUCUCCAGUUUCCAUGGCUGCAUCAGGAACCUCUACAUCAACCAUGAGCUCCAGGACUUCACCAGGAGCCACAUGAAGCCGGGGGUGGUGCCAGGAUGCCAGGCCUGCCGUAAGCUCUUCUGCCUGCACGGCCUGUGCCAGCUCAACGCUGUCGAGGGUCCUCAAUGCCGCUGCCACCCAGGUUGGAAGGGACAACACUGCGAUCAGCCAAUAACAGGAGGUCUUUCUGGAGGGACGAUAGUGGAUGUUGUCACCGUGGCAACAGAGGCCAACCCAUGUCAAGGCAACAAGUGUUUGAAGGGAGUGUGUGUGCCAUUAGAAGCACAGUCUUACCGUUGCGACUGUGAGAAGGGAUACCACGGCACUCUUUGCAACCUGCAGGGGGAGCCAGAGGGGCCCAAGGGCACGUGCCGGGGGCUGCAGUGUCAGCAUGGCCAAUGCCAGCAGACUGAGGAGGGGCCACGCUGCGCCUGUGAUCAAGGAUACACCGGGGAAAACUGUGACAUAGAGUCCCCGUGCCGCGGCGAGCCGGCGAGGGACUUCCACAGGCUGCAGCGAGGAACUGCUCUCUGCCAGACCUCCAAGCCCUUCUCCUGGGUCGAAUGCCAGGGCCGGUGCGGGGCAGGUGUGGAGCUGGGCGCCACCGCCCCCUGCUGCGCCCCCCUCAGGGUACGGCGUAGACGGCUGACCUUUGAGUGCGAUGAUGGAACCUCUUUCACGCAGGAUGUGGAGAAACCCGUGGAGUGUGGCUGCAAAGAGUGUGUGUAA